CCGAAUAACCGUCUCACUCAAAGUUGUGUAAUUAUGAACCAAAAUCAAAAUCUUGUACACCGGCGGCAAGAUUCAGUACAGAUUUUUAUAUACAUAUCAGUCAACUCGUGUGUAUGAAGUUGCCCAAUAGAACUCUCGUUGCUUUUCAUAGAUUUUUCUUAUCCUUGAAAACUUGAAGAAAUGACGUAUUAUAUUAGUUACCAGUUUUUUCAUCAGCUGUUAGACAAACUGUACGUUAUUUAUCUAUUGUACUGUAAUUUCCGUGUUCCAAUCGCGGAUUCCAAUCAAUGGUUCCAAGUUAAACAGAAGUAUAUAUUUUUAGAGUUUCAGCUUGCUGGACUUUUUCUUCCGAAAGUAAUGUCGGUGGAAAAGAAUAAUGUUAAAGGGACGAAGAACACGGAAGAAGAAACGAAGAACACGGAAGAAGAAACGAAGAACACGGAAGAAGAAACGGCUACAGCAACUGAUAAAUCUGAUGAUGCAAAUGAGAGUGAUGAUAGUCCAGACUUUCUUAGAGCUAUGCUCGCUCGAUUGGGGAUUUGCACAAAUGAAGAGCAAGAGUCCGAUCAUGAGCAAGUCUUGGAUAGUGUUUCAUUUGAGGGCAUUGCAAACUACAUAAAGACUGAGAAAUGUAAAAACAUCAUAACAAUGUCCGGUGCAGGCAUUUCUACAGCAGCAGGGAUACCUGACUUCAGGUCACCAGGAAGUGGUCUAUAUGACAAUCUUCAACAGUACAAACUACCUUAUCCUGAGGCUAUAUUUGAGCUAGAGUUUUUCAAGGAAAGUCCAGAGCCUUUUUUUAAACUUGCCAAGGAACUCUAUCCUGGAACAUUCAAGCCAACCAUGUCACAUUACUUUAUUCGCUUACUGUAUGAAAAAGGACUGCUUCUUCGACAUUAUACACAGAAUAUUGAUACAUUGGAGAGGGUUGCCGGAAUUCCAGGAGAGAAGCUUGUUGAAGCUCAUGGUACAUUCCAUGAAGCCCAUUGUUUACAUUGCAGAAAGGCCUAUUCUCAGCAGUGGAUAAAAAAAGAGAUAUUUGAUGACAAAGUUCCAUCUUGUGUUAAAGACAGUUGCAGUGGUAUUGUGAAACCUGAUAUUGUGUUUUUUGGUGAAAAUCUUCCUGAUAAAUUCUCAGCAUGUCUAUCUAAGGACAUGAAGAGGUGUGAUCUUUUGAUAAUUAUGGGUACAUCACUAACUGUACAACCCUUUGCAUCUAUUCCUGAUCAUGUGCCAGACACCACACCACGUCUUUUGAUUAACCGUGAGAAAAGUGGACAACGUUUUUCUUUUUUUUCUGGCAAAGGACUCGACUUUGACAGCCCAAAAAAUUACAGAGAUGUGGCAUGGCUAGGUUCCUGUGAUGAUGGCUGUCUGGCAUUGGCUGACUUACUUGGAUGGAAAGAUGAGCUUGAACAGCUAAUGGUCAAAGAACAUAAAAUGAUUGAUGAAAAAUCUGGUGGCAAGCCACACCAAAAAGAUGCAGUGAAAGUAUAAUGAGGGAUAAAAGCCAGUGACUUAACUCCUCAAAGCUGACAGCCUGAUUUCCAUCUUUAUCCAACAUCAUACUAUAAGCUUCUGCUUGUUCAUGUGUGAAACCAAGAUCGCCUUCAAACAAUGUUUGUAGUUCUUGACGAUUUAAUACUCCACUACCGUCAACGUCAUACUUCAUAAACAAACUCCGAAGAACUACGUUUGGAACGCUUUUGUCGAAGUAACUUGCUGAAACGUUCAUCGGCGCGGCCAUUGACUUACCUGGAAAUUUACUUAGAUACUAGCAAUAAAAUGAGAUAAAUAAAGCGUUCCUUAUCUUACUGCGUCUGCUUUGCAAAUGCAACGGAAGCAAGCUGCGAGUGCUGUAUGAUAAUAUGAAGACAAGGACCACUAUUUAAACGUACCGAUGUAAUAUAUGAACGAGCGGACUGAGAGUUGUUGAAAAAUAGAAAAUCGAAAUUCAAAA